AUCUCUGGUAGCGGGAGUUCGAGUGGUAAACUGACAUUUUGAAAACAAGUGGGUAUCCGGGCUUACAAAGGUUUACGAAAACACAAUGGAUUAUGGAGAAGAAUGUGAACAGCUAAUAUGCACUGUUGCGCAUUGUAGAAAAGUGUACCCAGAUGCUUGUUCGGAAAGCUUAAUAAAGACUAAAAGAUUGAAACUCAAUUCUGUGAUAGAUGCAGAAUUUAAAAUAAAUAAGCAAGAUGACCUACAAGAAAUUACCUCCACGUCUUGUGCUGUCGAUUUAGAGAAAUGCAUGUCUGAUGUCGUGGAGAUGUGUGCCACUCGCAAAGAGAUCUGUAAAAAGCUUGAUGAAGUUACCAACUCCUUAAAGGAUAUCAGUGAAGUUUUACAAAUAAGAGAUAAACAGAUGGAUAUGCAACGGCUUUUACGGAAAUGACCUUGAUAGUGGGGAUGCAUGGAGAAGGUUUGCUGAACCACCUCCAAGGGAACUGAUAGCAGUGCAUUUCCUUACUAACUGCCAGUUGGAUCUGUGAAGGCAUGGACGACUUGGUGAGAAAAUCCGUUAAAGCUCAUUAAAAGAGUGAAAGUGCUUGUGCAAAAUACUAAACAUUGAAAAAGUGAAACUUUAUGUCUGAAAAUGAACUGCAAGGCACGGUGCAAUUAAACUUUUUGCAACCCAUGAUCAUUUUUUCUUUGAAGCAAGAAAGGAUUUGUACAAAGUGAUAUGUAUCUUAGAAUGUAAUGUUUGUUUUUAUCCAAAAAGAACAUCACAUACGAUGACAAUGCCUAUUUUUAUUAAAAAUGUAUUUUGUGCUUUGUACAAUACAUUAUAUAUAAAUAUUUUGUAUGGGGAGUUUUCAAUGGCCAGUUCAUAUAAGUAGAAGCUGAAAAACAUAUGUACUGUAGUUUUUGAUAAGGAGAUUUCUUAUGUAAUAUUAUUUUGUGUGUGAAAUAUUAUACUCACUUUCUGGGGUCACUUGUGAUCAUCGAACUGCCCAGUUAGCUGUUUGCAAUAUCUAUCUGGUCAAUCCAAUGAGGGGAUAAUGUGACGAUGCGGGCUGGGGUCUCUUACUUCCUCUCCUGUUUUGCCAUCUGCCUCCUUAAAUUAAUUUUAUUUUCAUUUUUGCCUAAUUGCCAUUAACAUGCAUGAGUGUAAUCUGCAUUUCCAUAAAAGCGAAAGGCUUGGCCUCAGUCUUAAGGAAUAUAGCACCAGGUGUAAUUUUGUGUUUAGUUUUGUGUGUGUAAUUAAUUUCCUAAUUUAUUUUGACCAUUCCUAGUUACUAUCUUUUGCUACAGAUCAUUAUAGGGUGAAAUCAUUUAUUGUUUCGUUACUUAGAUUCUACUGUUGGCUUAUAAACAAAUAUAAAAUCUGUACUAAUUAAAGACAAUUGGAAGAGGAACUACUAGGAUUCCUAAAAUAUUUCUUUUACUCUAUUAGAAAACAUUAGCAAAGCCAGCCCUUAAUUAAUUCCAAAAUAAUUACCAGGUUUGUCAAAAGU